AUGGCGAACCUGGAGUACCUUCUCAUGUGGUUUCGAGACUGUGCCUUGAACUUAAUCCUUCGUCAUUACCUUGACUUGAUUGAAUAUACUCUUGAACGUUAUCAGCAAUUUUGGCUUCACAAAAAGGGGGCUCUUGGCAAUUGGUUCAACGAGUGGCCAAAUGGACAGCGUCCAUUAAGUACGACAUGGCCUUGGAACGUCAAGCCCUCUCUAUUAGUCCUAUGGGGUGUAUGUUGGAUGUUUUUCGACCACGAAGGCAGAAACUUUGGACCCCCUGAGAACUUCGGACAGGACUUUUGGACGCGUCAGGCAACAACACAGUCGCAGCCGAGCACGCAGCCUUUACAGCAAACUUUUACAGAAAGCUCUCUGGCGCCGGCUGUUCCGGCUACUUAUCAAAAUUACGCAUGGGGCAAUCCCUACCAGGCAGGCGCACAAGUGAGGCGCGCUAACGAAGGCAUCCCCGCGAACACACCAUCUGCGGCUCCAACUAGCGCAUCACCGUAUUCAUAUAUAUCUGUCUCUUCGGAUGAAUCCUCAGACCUCUUCCCCAGCCCAGCACCAGAAGGUUGGCCUUACCUUUCAGGCAUCAGCCCUGCAACCGUUCCAGCAUUCCAACCAACAAACUUUUGGUCGUCGCCUGGUACUUUCGCCGCUCCGAAUUUGACAGCUAUCCAAAACAUCGAGCAACCAAUCUCACUUCAGCCGUAUGCUUUGCCUCAGGCCAGAACCACUCAGGCAGGCAGAGGAGGGACUCCCAACCGCCUUGGGUUUGGAGGCCUGGGAAGUCAAAGACGCAACAUGCAGGACUAUCCGAGUCCUCAGCUGAGCGACGUUUCAGGCCAAGCAGACCCUUCAUAUGCAGCUUUCCAGCCCCAGAUCAUGGCCACCCCCGACACUGGUUUGAUGAAAUCCCCAAGUCUGUCUAGAACCGGCGAGUAUUUCUGCAACCAUCCAAGCUGUGCUCUCAAACCGCCUCGUUUUUCGAGGAAGUGCGAGUGGUCUAAACACAUGGAUAAACAUACCCGUCCCUACGUCUGCGAAGAGCCCGGCUGCGAGAACCUCCGCGGCUUCACCUAUUCCGGCGGCCUGCACCGUCACCAGCGCGAAGUCCAUCGCCAGCACGGCGGUCCCCGCGCCGCAUGCUUCUGCCCGCACAAAGACUGUAAACGUAGCACUGGCGUUGGUUUCUCUCGGAAAGAGAAUUUGGCCGAGCAUUUACGACGGGUGCAUCGAGAUGGUGGGGAUGAGGGGGACAGAGAGUCGACGCCGGCUUUGGAGAGAGUGGACUCGCAGCCUCUAGACUCGCAAAGGGGGUUGGGUGGGAGUAAUGGGAGGAAGAAGAGACGACGGGUUGAUGAGGGAUAUGGGGAGGAUGAGGAGGAUAGUCAGAGUUCGCAGCAGUUGAGGCAGGAGAUUAAGAAGUUGAAGAGGGAGUUGGCGGAGAAAGAUGAGAGGUUGAAGAGGCUGGAGGAGCAGAUGGCAUUGCUGGCGUCGAGCCAGAGAUUGGGACGUGUAUGA